AUGGCCCUGUCCUCACGAAAAAGGGCCGCCGAAUCGACUCCGCUCCUUGCUGCGAUGGAUGAAGAUAAACGAGAAUAUGGUGCACUGGGCAAAGGCCGCUACCGCGAGCACGAUGGGGUGGUGGGCGAGUGGCAGUUCGAUGAGCGACGGCCGCAGCCAAAGCUGGAGGUCGUUGUCGCGCCCUUGGACGCGGAGGAGGGCCACGAUGGACUGCGGGACGAGGUCUCGGAGCAGGAACCGCAAGAGCAGCGCAACGAGGAAGCGUUCCUCGAUGCCUGGUCGCGCUUCCUGUUUUCAAAACGAGGACUCGGGCUGGUGUUGCUUAUGGUGAUCUCGUUGGUGCUAGGCAUACUGGCGUUGGUGUACAGGGAAGAGCUUUUCCGUGCGUUCGACAAGACCGCGGGCUUCAUCAGAGAUCAGGGCAUUGCGGGGUCUCUCCUUUUGAUUCUGGCGAUCGCCAUCACCAGCUAUCCUCCCAUGGUUGGCUACUCAUGGGGUCUAUUGGCGUGCGGGUAUAUCUAUGGAUGGGCCGGCUUCAUACCCGCCUACAUCGGCGCCUUGCUGGGCGGACUUACGUCAUUCCUCGCCUUCCGCUACGCCUUCCGAGACUGGGUCGAGAAGCAAACCAGGAGCUACCCAAAGUAUGUGGCCUUGGAGCGGGCGCUCGAGAAGGAGGGCCUGCCGCUGGUAAUUCUCAUACGCAUCGCCCCGUACCCUUACCCCAUAUUCAACGCGCUGUUCGCCGCCACUCGAGUCGAGUUCCAUAUCUUCGCCAUCGGGACCGCCAUCUCCCUCAUCAAGAUCCUGAUCCACAUAUCAGUCGGGAAGUCGCUCUCGAGCUUCAGCGAUGUGCUUAAUGGCGAGACGGGCAGCCGUUGGGACAUAGUCUUCCUCGUUGUCGGCAUUACGGUGGGGCUCGGGGUGGGCAUCUAUCUGUACUUCCGCACUAAGCAGCACCUCCAGCAGUACGCCGACGAGAUCGGCGGCGAAGAGGAGACUCGGUACAGUGCUGCGCCGGAGGACGAAGAGCAGCACAACAACGACCAGGACCAUGACGGCGACGGCGACGAAGAGAGCGCAGAAGAUCUGCAGCAGACGCAGGUGGUGGAGCCCACCGAAGCCGGUGGACACGACAACGUAGUAGCGGAGGAAGACACCGCACCUGUCCGGCUCGACUGCGCUGAUGGUGCCGUGGCCCACAAGAACGAAGCGACAGCAGAUGAAACCAAAAACGUGUAG